GGACCGCUGCUCCUGCCUCCCGCCCCCGGGACAUCCAUUCAUCCACCCGGAUAAACGCUCCAUCUCUCCAGCUGACAUUGGUACAACAUGUGAAAGACAACCAGUGGGGGUUUCGAAUAGCUGCUGGUGCUGUAGUUCUUUGGGGAAUUGAACGGGAGACGAGCAGGAAACUACAAAGGGAGAUCCCAAACUUUCUGCAACGGCGGAUACAAUGAGCAGCCUCAGCCUCACUCUCCAGGUGCUGCUACUGUGCGGACUCCUCAGGGCGCAGCAGCAGCAGCAGCUGCUGCCCGGGUCCUGCAACUUUGAGCUGGGCACCUGUGGCUACACAUCAGACCCAGGGUAUGGCAGCUGGAGCAUGAAUGAAGAAGGGCAUUUGAUAACAGUGGACUCAGCCUUCUUACAAGAACAAGAGCAGGCGGUUCUUGUCAGUCCAGUUCUGGACUACCAGGAAUGGAGCUGUGUGAGGCUGGUGUACCAGAUCACCGGAGGAGGUUCCCUGCAGCUCCACCUCAGACCAGACAGCGAUAACUUUGACUACCGGCUCUGGACUGCCGACAAGGCCUCCGACAGCUGGCUCAUUGCUAGUGUGGACCUCCCCAACACCACAAUCCCCUACCAGGCCACCACAUGUAUGUGGACUCUGUGUAUGCCAAGCACUUCCAGGAAGUGGCCAAGCUGACCUCACCCAUGACUACGGUGCCCAUGGCCGGCUGCCUGUCCUUCUACUACCACCGAGACCAGGAGAGGGGAAACAUCUUUUCAGUUUUCACCCGAGACCAGCUGGGCCACUAUGAGGAGAUCUGGAGGCCGGAGGUUUACGCUACCGCCGGAUGGACUCUGGUCAGCGUUGACAUCAAGGCCCCACACCCCCUGGAGGUGGUGUUUGAGGUGGCUUUCAACAGUGCCAGAGGUGGAUACGUGGCCAUAGAUGAUAUCACCUUUUCCCCUGAAUUCUGCCACACAGACACAGAGCCGACCAUUGACCCCUCCAUAGCCAACUGUGACUUUGAGAAUGGGCUGUGUCUGUACUAUCAGGAGAGAGCAGAGAGUAAGGAGUGGAACAGAAUUUCAGUCAAGCCCAAUGCCUACAGGAUAGGAGACCAUACCACAGGAUCAGGCUGUUUCCUCCUGGCAAACACUCGUUUUACUUCAAAGCCUGGUUAUAUGGGUCGGCUUCAUGGUCCCUUUUUACCGGGGAACCACAAAUACUGCCUGAGGUUCUUCUACCUGCUUCAUGGCUUUAGGAAAGUAGACAACGCUCUGGUUCUUUACAUUUAUGAUGAGAACAACGUGGCCCAGGAGAAGGUGUGGAGCCUGGCUGACACUUCCAGGUCUGUAUGGACGGAGGUGGAGAUCACCUACACGAAGCCCAUGCUUUCCAAGUUUGUGUUUGUCAGCCUAUGUAUGAACUUCUGGGAAUGUGGCCUGGUGGGCAUAGAUGACAUCACUGUCACCCUGGGGGACUGUCAGAUCACAGCAGGCUCCCUCCCAGGCCAGUGUAACUUUGAAAGUGGAAUCUGUGGCUACAUCCAGGAUAAGAAAGAGGACAAAGCCGACUGGCUGCGAGUCCGAGGACACACCCCCACCUCCUAUACAGGACCCAGAGGAGACCACACUACUGGGGUGGGUUACUUUAUGUACAUCGAGGCGUCACUCAUGCGUCCGGGUCACAAGGCUCGGCUGCUGACCUCUGACUUGCGGGGCUCCUCGUCCCCUCAGUGUUUGAUCUUCUACUACCACAUGUACGGGUCUGGCACCGGGAUACUGAGCGUGCUCUUGCGCCACGGCAACGUAGAGCGGGACACGCUGCUGUGGAGACGGCGCGGCGAGCAGAGUGUCAGCUGGAUGAGGGCCAUGGUGGACUACCACUGCGAUGUCCGACACCAGAUUAUAUUUGAAGCCAUCCGAGGCCCAUCACUAAGAAGUGAUAUUGCUAUUGAUGACAUCCGUUAUAAAAGGGGACCAUGUGAAGAUCCUGGUGACAUCACUCCAUACUCUGGCUCCUCAGAGUAUUUCAAUGAGAUUGAGAACUGAGACUGGCGGGAGAGUCUUUCUGUAUAAAUGCUUGGUAGUUUUGGCUGGUAUGAAUGUGAACAAUCCACCAUGACAAUUUACAAUGUUGUAGAGCAAUGCUUAUGUUGCAGCCGCAACCUCCACCACACUGUACUGCUGUCUUCCUCAAUGUCAGUGUUUGUGCUUUUAGUGUCUCUGAUCACAGUGCCAGAUGAUGGAAUUAACGUGCUGGGGAACGGUCGUCAACAUUCAUACAUCUUACGUCUUAGUCUCGUGACACUCAAUCACACAACCACAAUCCACUGUUAAGGCCUGUUGACACUUUGCACAAGAAAUAUUUGCCAGGUAUGCCACAAGUCAAUGAUAAAAGGCACUUUCCUUCAGUGGUCGGGUAUAGUGAAGUCAUUUACAAAUGCAUCCUCCUGAAAGUAAACCCAGCACAGUGGAGGCCAACCACUUUCUGUAAGAGUUUUCUUCUAAAUAUAAUAUACAUAUUUCACUGUCUAGGGUGAUAAUAUUUUACAUAUUAAGGCUCCAGAGUGUAGGAUAUAGUGGAAUCUAGUGGUGUAGAUUGCGACUCCCUCGCUUCCCCCUGCCAUUCAAAGCACAAAGGAGAAACUACGGUGGCUGCAAAAUACACACAAAAAAGUGUUUUGUUUGUCAGUUCUGGGAUACUGUAUAAACAUGCUGUCUGUGGAUGUAAAAGGCUCAUUCUUUGGUAACAAAAUCAUAAUUGCUUAUAUCCCAGAAUUUUGUUCAUUUCUAUGCAAAAAACUAAAUGAAAUUGUAAUUUUUGAUGUUCCGAUUAUUAACACAUAAACUUUAACGACAAGAACCCAAGCUGUAUUUACAGAGCCUUCACUCUGUAUAAAUAGCCUCACCUUGUAUCAGAAAAGUAGUUUAAACAACCAAAGAGCUAAUAGAACAGUGAAAAGAAAACACAGAAUUUGUUUAUUUGUUUUGUUUAUCAGUACUUCUGUACUGAUAAACUUAGUCAGGGGUUGUCAGUUUAUCACUGCAUUUAAGUGAUUUAUUUCAACCUAAGUUCUUUCCAGAGCCAUAGGAGAAAUUCUACAACUGUUUUUAUAAUUACAGUGACUAGUAAAUGGAUUCUGACAUGUAAAAUCAGAGCGGCCCUUUAAACCUGAUCUGUCUGUAAGGGGGGAGUCAGAGACUUUAAAAACAGUUUGGUGUAUGUGAGAUGUCUGGUUCCAGUGUGUCAGUGUAAACAUCAGGGAAAGGAGUGAAGCGUGACAGAAGGCAGACUUGUCUGCCAGGAAAUGUUUUAAUAUGAAACAUAUGGAGGAAGUGUUGAGUUUGGAUU